AUGGUGCGACAUAACCCUGGGCCGCUGGGCCAGAAAAACAAGAAGCACAAGACUGGCGGGCAUAAAACAAAGGGCGUCCUGAAGAAGGAAGCUCGCGGGAGAACCGUUUCUCGAAGUUCUGUUGCGGGCUCGGCCCAUUCGACAUUAUCGAGGCAAACUCGAAAAUGCCAAGCCUCUCAACGUCGUCGUCUGAAGAAUGAAGCUGAUUCGAUUGCCAAAGAAUCGCUUGGGAAAGAGAACAAGCCCCCGAUUCUUGUGGCAAUCGUCCCAUUGAGCGGUGCGCCAAGUGGUAAAGAACUCGUCGAACAGCUAGCCUCUUGUGAUUCGACCAUCAUCCGCUCAAAUACACCGGUGGCACAAUAUUUCACACUGCCUCGGUUCAAGACGAGAAUUGGUUUUGUGACACCGAAUCCCAAUGAUAUCGAGGCUGUAUUGGAUUCCCUGAAGGUGGCUGACGUCGUCUGCUUUGUCUGGCAAGUAAACCACGAGCUGACCAGCCAGAAAGAGCUUCUACUCUCGUUGCUGCUCGCCCAUGGCAUGCCAAGCCCAAUCUGUCUAGUGAAUGGCAUGGGACAAAUCUCGUCUGCUAAACAACGCGAUCUGGCUUGGACGAAUUUGAAGAAGACGAUUAAUCGAUUCUCUCUACCCACCGACAAGCUGCUCAAGGCCGAUUCCGCGAACGAUGGCCUGAAAUUGUUGCGGACGUUCAAUGACGGGAAGAAAAAGAAGUUGUUGAUGCAACAGCGUCACCCGCAUAUGCUCGUCGAGAAGUUGGACGCUGCCGACGAGGAUACGUCGAAGGGCACCUGCACGUUAUUGGCAACUGGCUACAUCAGGGGUCCCUCGAUGAAUGUCAACCAUUUGGUGUAUCUCCCCGGAUUGGGCGAAUUCCAGUUGUCAAAAAUUUUUGCGCAUGAGGAUCCGAAUCCGGUGAGGGAGCGACAGCGUGAAUGGAAUCCCGCCGCCGGAAACUUGGCCGCAGAGGCCUCUCCCAGCAUUCAAGAAAGCCUUCAAUCCGAAAUUGUCCCCAACGAAAUGGACGGCGAGCAAAUUCUCAUCGACCAGGAUUUGAAGAAGGACGAGAAACAUUUAUUCGUGGCUCCUGAAAAGAAGAAAAUGCCGAAGGGAACGUCUUCUUAUCAAGCCGCUUGGAUCAUCCCUGAUGACGAGGAGGGUGAGGGUGAAGGGGACGAAGAAGAAGAGGAGGACGGGGAGGAUGAGGAGGAUACAGAGGGAAGCAGCGACGAGGGUGAGGGCGAGGAAAUCGAACCUGAAGAGGCUGAAGAGGAGAAUGAUCAAGUAAUGGAUGAAGAUGCUCGAACCGAGGCCGCAGACACGGAAUUCGGCGACAUCAUGGACGAUGAGGUGGACAUGGACGAGGUGGCAGAGUUCAACGCCGAACGCCAAAAUGAACAAUGGCCUGAUGAGAUCGAUACGCCAAUGGACAUCCCGGCUCGGGUGCGCUUCCAAAAGUAUCGCGCGCUCAAGAGCUUCCGUGAGUCGCCCUGGGAUGUCAACGAGAAUCUGCCGUAUAACUACGCGCGUAUCUUCAAGUUCCAGAACUUCAACAGGACAAAGAAAUUGGUGUUAAAGAAAAUGGGUGAGGAAACCGCGGAUUGCGUGUCGUCGGGGACGUUCGUGACCCUGUUCAUCAAGGAUGUGCCUGCUAGCUAUCUGGCCUCAAUCCGUCCAGAUUCCCUGCUUGUCCUCUACGCCCUUUUGCCGCACGAGCAGAAAAUGUCGGUGGUGAACAUGGCGGUCAAAAAACAUCCGACCUGCAAGACGCCAAUCCUCAACAAUGGAACCCUGACGUUCCAUGUUGGCUUCAGAAAAUUCGAGUCACAAGCCUUGUUUAGUCAACAUCAUUUGUCCGACAAAGUCAAGAUGGAGCGUUACUUGCCGUCAACGGGCCCGUGCGUCGUCUCGGUGUUCGCCCCGGUCAUCUUCCCACCGGCCACCGUGCUCAUCUUCCAGAAGUUGCCUAAUGAUACGCAGCAAUUGGUGGCCACCGGCAGCCUGUUGGACAACAACCCGGAUCGGAUCGUGCUGAAGCGUGUCGUGCUAUCCGGGCACCCGUUCAAAAUCAACCGCCGCUCGGCCAUCGUCCGGUAUCUGUUCUUCAACCGCGACGACGUCGAGUGGUUCAAGCCCGUGGAGCUGCACACGCCUUCCGGUCGCCGCGGUCAUAUCCGCAUGGCUAUUGGCACUCACGGCCACUUCAAGUGUCGCUUCGACCAGCAGCUUGACGCCCAGGACACUGUGAUGAUGAACCUGUACAAGCGCGUCUACCCCAAAUGGAGCUACACGUCUCACAUCACCAAGCUGCCGACCGUGCUGCUAAACCAGGAGGAGGGGCCCCUGAACGGCGGCCAGGCCCGCGAUGAAAUGGAAGAA